ACGCAGCCUCCGAUCAAGGCUGCACGCGUCUACGACGGGCUAUCCAAAAAAAAAAAAAAAGACACCCAUAAAAUUCUGAAAAGUAUUUGCAGGAUUGCAGUGCUGUGCUAAAAUUGUGUUUAAAUAUAAUAAAUACUAAUAUCAGUUUAUGUUUGUGCGUGUUCUUCGUCCAUUGAAUUUCGGAGGUGUGUGUGACAAUGUGUGUGCGGUGAGUGGGAGCAGCGCGCGAUGUGGCGCGUCGUGUUGCUGGCGAUGGUCGCGGCGGCGGCAAGCGAGCACGUGCGCGAGUUCGCCGUGCGAGAGAACGCACGUGCCGACACCCUCGUGGGCCACCUCGGCGACGAGCUGCCCGACGCGGCGCCGCCCUACACCAUCGUCCCCGUACCCGGCAGCGCCGUCAACGACGACUUACGCGUAGAUCCCCAUACGGGCGAAAUUCGCACCCGAGCCCCCCUUGACCGCGAGCACCGGGACCAUUACGCGCUCGUCGCCAUCCCCGCCUCUGGAGACAACAUCAGGGUUGUCGUCCGCGUCCUCGACGAGAACGACAACGCUCCCGUCUUCCCUGCAGCCGUAAUGAACGUCGAGUUCUCAGAGAACACUCCGAGGGACGUGAAAAGGAAACUUAAUCCGGCCAGGGAUCAAGAUUUAGGGACUUUCAACACGCAACGGUACAAUAUAGUGUCUGGAAAUACAGAUAACGCGUUUAGGCUGUCCUCGCACAGGGAACGAGACGGUGUGCUGUAUUUAGAUUUGCAAAUCAACGGAUUUCUCGAUAGGGAAACGACCGAUCAUUAUCAGUUAGUUAUAGAGGCGUUGGACGGCGGCACCCCACCGCUGCGGGGCACAAUGACAGUGAACAUUACGAUAUUGGACGUGAACGAUAAUCCCCCGGUGUUCGCUGAGAGUGUUUACUCGGCUACCAUACCGGAAAACGCGACAGUCGGGACCGCGGUGCUUAAAGUGUCCGCCACCGAUUCUGACGCAGGCGAUAACGGUCUCAUCGAGUACUCAAUAAACAGGCGACAGAGUGAUAAAGAGAACAAUUUUAAAAUCGAUCCGGAAACAGGCGAGAUCACUGUAAACAAGGCACUGGAUUUUGAGACCAAAGAUCUGCACGAAUUGGUGGUGGUCGCCAGAGACAAAGGCCUCCAGCCAUUAGAGACCACCGCGUUUGUUUCCAUCAGAGUGACGGACGUGAACGAUAAUCAGCCUACUAUAGACGUGAUAUUCUUAAGUGACGACGCCACUCCGAAAAUAUCAGAGUCCGCCCAAUUAGAUGAGUUCGUCGCGAGGAUAUCCGUCCACGAUCCCGACUCUAAGACAGAAUAUUCGAACGUGAAUGUGACAUUGAGUGGAGGUGACGGUCACUUUGAUUUGCGUACGCACGAUAACAUAAUUUAUUUGGUCGUGGUCGCGCUACCACUGGAUCGCGAAUCUCGAUCCUCCUACACACUGAACGUUGUCGCGACGGACAAAGGUUCGCCUCCGCUGCACGCGUCUCGGAUAAUCUCGCUUCGAGUGACGGAUGUGAACGAUAAUGCGCCCGCUUUUGUUGAGUCCGAAUACAAAGCGAGCGUCCCGGAAGCCACCGCCCCGGGUACGCCGGUGGUUCAAGUGUCUGCUUCUGAUGCCGACGAAGGCGAAAACUCGGAGAUUAGGUACAGUUUGUUGACGACGCCCCAAUCGGAUUGGUUUUCGAUUGACGAGCGCUCAGGGUUGGUCACGACUCGGUCGCGAGUCGAUUGCGAGACGAACCCGAUGCCUCGUUUGACGGUGGUGGCGAGGGACCGCGGCAACCCUCCGCUGUCUUCGACCGCAACGCUGCUCAUCACCGUCCUGGAUGUGAACGACAAUGAGCCGAUCUUCGACCAGUCAUUCUACAACGUCACCGUGCCGGAGAGCGAAGCUGUGGGCAGCUGCAUAUUAAAGAUGUCUGCCAUUGAUCCUGAUUGUGGUGUCAAUGCUCUCGUCAACUACACACUGGGAGAUGUUUUGGCGAAGACCAGAUUCUCAGUGAAACCGGACACAGGAGAACUUUGCGUGACUUCGCCCUUGGAUUACGAAGAUACCAGUGAAUAUGAGUUUCCAGUCAUUGCUACCGAUCGAGGAGGGCUGUCCACGACCGCCGUUGUGAAGAUCCAACUAGUCGAUAUCAACGACAACGCACCAAGCUUCACCGUUAAAGAUUACAAUGUGUCAUUGAAGGAAGGACGGAUAUCAUCUACCGAGCCAAUAGUAGCGGUGUCGGCCACAGACACUGAUUCGGGAAGAUUCGGAACGAUCACUUACAGAAUUAUCAGUGGGAACGAGAACGAUAUUUUUAGGAUAGAUCGGAGCAGCGGAGAGAUACUAGUUACGAAGCCGGCUCUGAUUGAUAAAGAUAAGAAGUUCCGUCUAGAAGUAUCUGCUACUGAUGGAGGAGGUCUGGCGGCACCACAAGCUGCUGCGGUCCACAUGACUGUUAUUCCCGCGGGAGUCGGUACGGCGCUAUUCGAUAAACCAAGAUAUAAUUUUCGUGUGAAAGAAGACAUAAGGAUUGGAGCUUUCGUUGGAAGUCUAAAAGCCACAGCUAACGACAGAGGAUCACAGCCGGUUCGAUACAGCAUAAUAUCUGGAGAUAUCGACAGAGCUUUCACCGUAGAACCGAUGACAGGCGCUAUAAGGACUGUGAAAAUCCUGGAUCGGGAGACCAGACCCUCGUAUCAACUGAACGUGAAAGCAUCAACUGGGAACCCCGCUAAUUUUGAUCAGACACAGGUACAAAUCACUCUAGAAGACGUGAACGACAACACACCGGAUUUCGGUACGUCAACGGUCAGGGUUUCAGUAGCCGAAUCAGCAGCGGUGGGUUCAGUGGUGUACUCAGCAAGGGCUACUGAUGCCGACGAUGGCAAGAACGGACUCAUCGGAUAUCAGCUGAUAUCUGCUAGUGGACCUUCAAACACCUUUGCUGUUAAUUCACAGAACGGCUUGGUGACACUACUAAGGCCAUUGGAUUACGAGAACCUUGUUCGUCAUAAUCUGGUGAUUCUAGCAAAGGAUGGAGGAUCUCCUCCCCUCGCUUCCAAUUUGACAUUAGUGGUUGAUGUCCAGGAUGUUAAUGACAACACACCUGUCUUCGAACAUGAGGCUUAUACGGCUAAUAUAUUGGAAUCGGAAACAGUCAAUGCGAAGAUAUUAGAAGUUCAAGCGAUAGAUAAAGACACAGGUAAUAAUGCACGGAUAACAUACCGCAUCUUAUCAGAAAAUAAUAAUACUAAUGAAGAGUUUUUCAAAGUACAACCUUCCACUGGCUGGGUGUAUCUAGCUAAGCCACUGGACAGAGAAACCAAGGCUAAACAUAAAAUGCUUCUAACAGCAACAGAUAAUGGCUUACCGCCACUGUCGACAACCGCUAAUUUAGUUGUUAAUGUGAUCGAUGCGAAUGACAAUGACCCGGUGUUCACAAAAAACGCUUACGAGUUCCAAGUCGAAGAGAAUUCUAGAGCUGGAGCUUUUGUUGGGAAAAUAUCGGCCGUCGAUUCUGAUUUGGGUGAUAAUGCAGUUGUCAAGUAUAGUUUGUUCCCAUCGAAUACGAGUUUCAACGUUAACCCUACUACUGGUGUUAUAACCACGAAAGAAGUUUUAGAUCGAGAACUAAAAUCUGCAUAUUCUCUGUUUGCUGAAGCAAGAGAUCAAGGCACUUUGCCGAGAUCAAGUAGAGUGCCUGUUUACAUUAAGAUCACUGAUGUCAAUGAUAAUUCGCCUGAGAUCAUUGAUCCCAGAGAAGACGUGGUCAGCGUAAGAGAAGAGCAGCAGCCAGGCGCGGAAGUCGCAAGAGUGAAGGCUAUUGAUAGAGAUAACGGCGUGAAUUCCUCAAUCACUUAUUCCAUCCUGAACGAGAGAGACAUGGAUGGAUAUGGUGUUUUUGUCAUUGAUCCUAGCACGGGAGUCAUUAGAACUAGCACAGUUCUCGAUCACGAGGAAAGAUCGAUCUACCGGUUGACAGUAGCAGCCACAGAUGGUGGGAAUCCCCCGAAGAAAACCAUAAGACAACUCAAAGUCGAGGUGCUGGAUUUGAAUGACAACAGACCAACUUUCACGAGUUCCAGUUUAUCAUUUAAAGUCAAAGAGGAUUCUGAAAUUGGUCACGUGGUUGGUUUAGUCGCCUGCUGUGAUAGUGACAUACAAGACAAUGUCAUUAGCAAUGACGAAAAACAAAUCUCUUACCUGCUUAUGCCAAUCACUAGCGAUUAUGCACCCGGUACUUUUGAGAUUGAUCGAAGAACCGGAUCGCUAGUUGUCGCGAGACAACUAGACAGAGAGAUACAAGAUGAAUACAGACUCGAAGUGAGAGCUCUAGAUACGUCCGCGACAAACAAUCCUCAGAGCAGCGCUGUAACUGUCAGGAUCGAAAUCGUUGACGUCAAUGACAAUGCACCGAAAUGGCCACAAGAUCCUAUUCAUGUCGAAAUUUCAGAAAUCACCCCCGUUGGUAGCAUCGUGUACAAUUUUACCGCAAAAGAUGACGAUGCAGGUCCGAAUGGCGAAAUGAAUUUUCGUAUUGUGCAUUCUCUGCCAAAUAACAAAAGCGCUUUCAAUCUCGAUCCACUGACAGGCUCUCUUACUCUUACGUCAAGCUUAGAUUAUGAAGUCUUGAAAGAAUAUUGGAUAAUCGUAGAAGCCACAGAUUUAGCCGAAAAGAUUUCCGAAAGACUAUCAACCUUAGUUACAGUACAUGUAUCAAUAACUGACGCUAACGAUAAUACGCCUACUUUUGUCUCAACGACUAAUGUUGUUCUGUCGCUAAACACAUUGCCCGGCACCCUUUACCAGGCUUUAGCUAUAGAUGCAGACCACGGGGACAACGGCAAAAUAUCUUACUACAUAUCAAGCGGUAAUGAACAUGCGUAUUUCUCUUUGGAUAACGACUCGGGAAGAUUGACUGUCUCAAAUAAAUAUUCUUCGGACACUUCAAAGAUCCGGCACGGCCUCUACAAACUAAAUCUAACGGCAACGGACCACGGAGUUCCGUUCCCGAGACAAAGUCAUAUGACGUUAAAACUGAACCUGCAAGAGUCGACUAACGUACCGCCGAGGUUUACAGAAUUGACUUAUCGCGCGAACAUCAGCGAGGACAUAAGACCCGGCAGUUUCGUUACUCGUUUGAUGGCUAAAUCUUCGAGAGGCUCAGCGAGUAACUUAACGUACACGAUUCCCUAUGGCGUGGCUGAUGACAAAUUCACAAUCGAUGAUCGCAUAGGAACCAUAACCGUGAAGACAAAGAUCGAUCGAGAAGAACGAGACAAAUACAUUUUUCCAGUUUACGUCACUGAUUCCAGUGCUUACCAAUCCACGACGAACUUCGACGUCGCAACAGUGACUAUCAGUAUUAUGGACGUAAACGACAAUCCGCCGACUUUUAAAAUAGGCUCUUGUUACCCUCUAGCUGUACCAGAGAACAACGAACCGGAAGUCAUACACACUGUUACGGCCACAGAUAAAGAUAUUGGAGCGAACGGUAUAAUAACUUACAGCGUUACAUCUGGUAACCAUGGCAACAAAUUCUUCAUUGACGCCACUACAGGAAAAUUGACCGCCAAGACGUUAGAUCGUGAGACUCAAAGUAAAUAUCUCCUCACAAUCACGGCUUUCGACCAUGGAUCGCCUGUGGCGCUGCAAGGGUCUUGCAAUAUUACUGUCGUGGUAGAAGAUCAAAACGACAAUGACCCUGUAUUUGAUACCGGACACUAUUCAGCCGCCAUACCGGAGAACGCAAUGAUCGAAACUUCAGUGAUUAAAGUGAGAGCAACGGACGCUGACUUAGGUUUCAAUAAGCGCAUCGUUUAUUCUUUGGCGAAUGAGAGUCAAGGACUAUUCAGAAUCGACAACAGAACCGGAAUUAUUUUUACGACUGGAACCUUUGAUCGGGAGAAAACAAAUGUAUACCACUUCGAAGCAGUAGCAACUGAUCAGGGUCGAUAUAUAACACGCUCCCAAAGGGUUUCAGUCGAAGUAACAAUAACCGAUGUCAACGAUCACAAACCUAUAUUUACCAAGUACCCCUUCAAGGAACAAGUGGCGUCCCUGACCCCACCGGGACAGAGCUUACUGCGCGUUUCUGCAACCGACAAAGACAUAGGAAUUAACGCGGAAAUUCUAUACGAGUUGAUUGACAAUUUUAAUAAUAAAUUUCGUAUCAAUCCAACCACAGGCGUGCUAACGGCCACGCAAAGCCUAGCCAGUGAAAACGGGAAACUGGUUCACCUUAAAAUUAUGGCAAAAGACAAGGGAAAUCCCCCACAGAGUUCAACAGGCCUAAUAGAGUUGAGAGUUGGAGAUUUUUCAGAUAACACGCUUUCAUUGAACUUCCAAAACUCCACAUACAACGUGACCGUUCCAGAGAAUUUGCCAUACGGCAAAGAAGUCAUCCAAGUUACAGCAAUAAGGAGUGACGGUCGACGCCAACGAAUCAUUUACGAAAUAGGCAACGGAAACGAUCAAUACGCCUUUGUGAUAGAUUCGAACACCGGAGUGAUAAGAGUGAACAACUCUGCGAAAUUAGACUACGAAUCACAUCCAGGGCCUUCAAGGAAAUUGGUUAUCGUAGCUCGCACCGAGGGAUCGCCCAGUCUGUACGGAUAUUGCGACGUCGUGGUCAAUCUUAAAGACGAAAACGAUCACGCGCCUAGAUUCACGCAGCAACAAUACAUCGCGAAUGUACUCGAAGGGAAUGCUAAAGGCGAAUUUGUUCUGCAAUUAUCCGCCAAGGAUGCUGAUCACGGGGCGAACGCGAGGAUCCUUUACCACAUCGUCGACGGAAACCACGAUAACGCGUUCAUCAUCGAACCGGCCUUCUCUGGUUCGGUGAAGACGAACAUCGUACUCGACAGGGAGAUCCGCGAGUCGUACAAGCUGACAGUGAUCGCUACAGACGAAGGCGACCCGCAGAUGACGGGCACGGCGACGCUGCGGAUCAAUGUCGUGGACGUCAAUGACAACCAGCCGACGUUUCCACCGCCCGACGUCAUUACCGUCUCGGAAGGAACGGAAAUCGGAACGGUCCUGACAUCGGUCACCGCUAAUGAUGUCGAUACGUAUCCAGCCCUAAAAUACUCUAUAAUACAAGGAGACAACAAAUUUUCAAUCGAUCGAUACAGCGGGAAGGUUGUGCUGAAUAGGGCUCUCGAUUUCGAAGCUGACAACGUUUACGAACUCAACAUCGCCGCUUCGGAUAGCGAGCACGUCGCCAAAACCACCCUCACGAUCAAAGUGAGCGACAUCAAUGACAAUGCUCCCGUUUUCGACGAUGUUUCAUACAACAAAAUCUUGCCGGAAGGCACAGGCGUCUUGGAAAUCGGCUCCGUUAGCGCUAAAGACAGGGACAGCGGCGACAAUAGCCGAGUGACAUACUCGUUGCUUCGCUCGACGGAGGGGUACUACGUCGACGGGAACACGGGGGCCGUCUACGUGAACUACAGCGCCCUGCCUCGGAGCCAGAAGGAUGUGGAGCUGGCGAUCGUCGCGACGGACCACGGGCGACCGAACAGGAGCGCCGUGGCCGCGAUGCGAAUCAACGCGGGCGCUUCGUCCGAAAUCAAACCUUACAUCGGACAAGACACUUACAGAAUAACAAUUAACGAAGACACAGAGAAAGGCUCUUCAUUACUCCGAAUCGGUGGAAUUAACGAUGUGCUCAAGAAGUACAAUUUGAACUUUCACAUCACUACGGGAAAUGAAAACGAUUCUUUCGAUGUAACUCAAGAAGGAGCACUGAUCCUUCUCAAGAAACUAGAUCGAGAAACUCAAGACUCAUACGUGCUGGGAUUGGCUGCAGUCGAACACGGCAAACUAUUACGAAAUCAAAACAAAACAGCCAUCACUGUAUUUGUAACCGUCGCCGACGCUAACGACAACGCACCGACGUUCUCAAGCAACGAUUUCGAAUUGACCGUCAAUGAAGGCGUCAAAAUCGGAUAUACGCUUACGAAAUUAGUCGCUACAGAUGCAGACCAAUCCGGAACUCCAAAUGCUAAUGUAGUUUACAAUUUGACUUCAGGAGACGACGAAGGUCUGUUCUUUAUACAUCCCUCCACGGGAGUACUGAACGUUAAUAAGCCCCUUGACUACGACACAGGCAGUACGGAGUAUAAGCUGGUUAUUAUUGCGUGCGAUCUAGGUGUCCCUGCUUUGUGCAGUGAGGCUUACAUCAAAAUCGGUCUGAUCGACGAGAAUGACAAUACUCCCACGUUUCCCGUAAGCGAAUACUUCGAGAGUAUUGCUGAAAACGAAAGAACGGGUACGUCCGUGUUCAUUGCCAGAGCGACCGAUCUGGAUAAAGGCAAAUUCGGGAAACUCGACUAUACGAUAAUACCGUCAACGUUCAAUUUAAAUAGGAAGGACGAUUCGUGGAAGCUGUUCCAGAUCGAUUCGUCAACUGGACUGGUGAACAGUAACGCGGUGUUCGACUACGAGACGCGAAAUAAAUACGAGUUCUCAAUAAAAGCAUCUGACUUGGGCGGGAAAAGUUCAACUGUGAAAGUGAGAAUUGACGUAGAGAGUCGCGACGAAUUUUAUCCUCAAUUUACGCAAAAAACCUACAAGUUUAGGAUACCGAAAUCGGGGUCGUUGCCCGCCGGGUAUACCAUCGGUCAAGCAACUGCCACAGAUCGAGACAAAGGCAUCGAUGGCCGCAUCGUGUACCAACUGUCGACAUCGCAUUCUUACUUUAAAAUCAACAGGACUACAGGCGUUAUUAUACUGAAGAAGAAAAUAGAUUCUGUGCAAAAUUUGUUUGGUUCAGACAAAUCGAUUAGUUUGGUUGUCACCGCAAGCUCUGGUCGACAAGGCUCCCUAACAAAUAAAACCGCAGUCGAAAUCGGAUUGAACGGCAUGGCUUUGGCUGGUGAAAUAGAUCAAACAAACGACACAGCGGCCGCCACAAAUGGAGGUCUUUCAGAUUGGGCUUUAGGAUUACUUAUCGCUUUCAUAUUCAUUAUAAUUAUAUUUGCAGCAGCGUUUCUGUUCUUGCACAUGAAAAAUAAAAGACACAAAAACGUCAACAAGCCCGGCUUCAAUUCUGAAGGAGGGGUCACCACUAAUAGUUAUGUCGAUCCAGGUGCUUUUGAUACUAUCCCCAUUAGAAACACCGGUACGGUCAAUUCUGCUGGUCAGUUCGCUCCGCCAAAAUACGAUGAGAUACCUCCGUAUGGUCCACACACAGCAAGCUCGAAUUCCGGGGCCGCUACUACAUCAGAACUCUCAGGCUCUGAUCAAUCCGGCUCAAGCGGGCGUGGCUCAGCUGAGGACGGAGAAGACGGUGAGGACGAGGAAAUAAGAAUGAUUAAUGAAGGUCCCUUGCAACGAGAGUCCGGGAUGCAUAGAUCAGGAGACGAUGACAAUCUCUCUGAUGUUUCAGUACGUAAUACACAAGAAUAUUUAGCGAGACUCGGUAUAGUUGACACGGGUGCCGGAGGCGGAGCUUCAACGUCAUCAAGGCGAUGCUCUGAAAAUACAGGAACUAAAGAUAAUAUGUUACAUCACCCACCGAUGGAUUCUAUGCAUAUGUUCGAUGAAGAUGGCGGUCACGAAAACGAUAUCACGAAUCUCAUUUACGCCAAACUUAAUGAAGUUACCGGCAGCGAAAGAGCCAGUAGUGCUGAUGAAGCCAGUGCUGCCGUAGACAGAGCUAUGGCUUUAGGUGCAUUUCCCAGCGCUCCAGGGGAGAACACAGCCGUACCAACCGCUGGUCCUUCUAUGACCGGCAGUCUUAGUUCAAUAGUACAUUCUGAAGAGGAAUUAACUGGCAGCUACAACUGGGACUACUUACUCGAUUGGGGUCCGCAGUAUCAGCCCUUAGCGCAUGUCUUUUCGGAAAUAGCGCGUCUAAAAGACGAUGCCGUGUCACUUCAAAGUGGAAAUAGUGCGGCGUCUAGUGCCAAAAGUAAAGGAACGUCCAUAUCUGGAGGUAAAAGUGUGCCGCCCCCUCUUUUAACGACAGUAGCGCCAAGGAGUUGUCCUGCGCCGUCGCUGUCGUGUAGACAACCGCAGCUCCUACUGCCUAGAUCGCCUAUAAGUCAUGAUGUUCCUGGGGGAUUUUCUGCUGCGGCUGCCAUGUCUCCGUCCUUCUCCCCCUCAUUAUCUCCUCUAGCUACGAGAUCGCCAUCGAUGUCUCCCCUUGUAGGUCCCGGCCUUCCGCCGGUGCCCGGUAGCAGAAAACCUCCCCACACAACUAUGCGAAUGUGAAUAUUAUUUUUUAAGAUGUCUGUACAUAUCCCGUAACAUGUUUGCCAACUAGUAUUUUUAGUAGUAUUUAUUUAGAAGCCGAUCUGAUCGGCUUAGAUCCUCUCGAUCGUUUUGUGCAUCGUUACACACCUAAGGUAUGCUCAAAAUGGUGUCUUUUAAGCGCUUAUUACCGAUUUUUCCGGUAAAUGUAAAUAUUAAUGAAUCGGGUUGUAAUGUUAUCUUGUACAUAUUGUAUACGUUUUAGUGCCUUGUAUAAUAUCAAAAUCAAAGACUGCCAUGUUAUUUUGUAUAAAUGUUACAAAUGAAUCAGCUUUACUGUAAGCUAUAAGUAUUUUUAAAUUAACCUUAUGAUAGUGUACAGUUUUUUUUUUUUUUACAAAGAUGUAGUGACACCAUUAUAAUUUGCGUAUCUCUCUAGCUGCAUGACAUAUCUGUGCCUUUGGAAUGUGUAUUGUCCUGUGAUUUUCGUCUAAGUAUGAAAAUAUCGUAGACUGUUUUGUGAUAUCUGUUAAAUCAUUAUACAAAUUUAAUUCAUUAAUUAACACAAUCAUCUGUACGAUAUAAUAUAUCAAAUUUAAAAGUGUAUCAGGGUCGUGUGAUUAUUCAAAGAUGUAUUUCUGAUGCCACACAUCCAACAGUAUGAAGACUAAGUGUAAAUAAAAUAAACAAUGUUAUAUUAGAUUUAAAGUUCCAAACGAAUGUCGACGAAGGAAGUUUGAAUAAAAUGAAAAUGCGAAUCUAA